AUGAGCAACGAAUCUGAACAGCAGCCGCAGAGCCUUCGCGCUUUGUUUUCAAGUGCAGAGGCCAAAAGAAAAGACCUCGAGGCUACUUACGACUCAAACAGCGAUGCUUACCAGCAGAAGCUCAGCUCAGCUAUCGCCACCUAUGAAGAGUGUUUGAAAGUCGCUGAUCGCGUUUCGCUGUUCAGCCCCAACGAGACUCUGGAGGAUGUGUCGUCGGGGGAUAUUCAAUACAUGAUCAUUAACUACCAUCUGGCUGAGCUGCUCCAAAGGAUCGUUGGCACAGACCGCAAGGCCACACUUCUCAGUGCCCGAGGGUGCUACGAAAAAUUCAUGAAGUUGCUCGAUAGCUACGACGUUUUGUCUAAGCCCGACGCCAAGCUCUACGAGAAGUAUCAGGAGUCCCCCAACUCCUUCUCUACUGCAUCUACUUCAGAUGCCGCAGCUAGACGGGAGACAAAGAUUGCCCGCUUUAGAGCCGAGAAAGAGCUGAAAGCGAAGCUCGAGCAUCUCAACCAAAAUCCCGCCGCUUUCCAGAAUGACGAGGAUGCUCUGCGUCAGCUGCACCUCACAAAUAUUGCUCUUUGCGUCCACCAGACUUUUGCGUCCCUCGAGUCGAUAGCGCAGGAACUGCAGAUUCUGGCAAUGGCUCCGCCUGCGCCUCCACCGAAUGCGGGCCCCACUGCAGAGGAUUUGCGGCAGCGUGACCGCCGAGGCGAUGGUUAUUCGGAGCGCCUGGAUGCCCCUCUCGCGGGCCUGUCAAACCGCACUGGGCCUAUCCUAAGCGCAGACGGAAAGCCGCUGCGACCCUUCACGCUUCUUGACAACAGACAAAGGGUACAGCAAGGGGUCUUCCGACCAGAUCACAGCUUACCCACCAUGACCAUCGACGAGUACCUUGAUGAAGAAAGAAAGAGGGGAGGUAUCAUUGAAGGGGGCGGCGAGCAGUCAGGAAUGCAACCGGAGCCGGAUGAGGACAAUAUGGAGAAGGCCGAUGCGGAGACGAUGAAGGCGCGCGCAUGGGAUGAUUUCAAGGACGACAACCCCAAAGGUGCCGGCAACACGAUGAACAGAGGCUAA